AUUUGAACUGUUUGUCUAUUCAAACUGUCGCUGCUCACUAUCAUAACAACACAAAAUGUCGUCUGCGGAGCAGGUCUUUCAUUUGCUGGAACAACUGGAGAAAAAUGAGGAGGAGUUCAAGCGCUUGGUGCCGGAGCCGACGCAGGAGUCUAUUGACGGUCCGGAAGAGCAAGUACGCCAGCUGAAGGAGCAACUCUCGCAGAUUAUGCUUCUGAGCACUGAACGUCGUUGCAUUUUCCACCAGUUGAAGCACGAGAUUGGCCAGUGGUCCCGCUUCCAGCAGUCCUCAUUCUUCGGCGAACACCGUCUCCUCACAGAACUGCACACAAUAAGCCAUCGACUAGACAGGCUGUCCGAAGACUCCACCUGUUCGAUUUGCCUGUUGCCCUGGUCAGCGGACGACGGUCAUCAACUAGUUGCCCUACGGUGUGGGCACUUGUUCGGCAAAAACUGCAUCCACGCGGCCAUUAGAAGGUUCCACCGCUGCCCCAUCUGCAGGCGCCGUGCUCAACAUGCCGAUGUACGCAGAAUCUACGGAAGAAGUUCUAUGACACUAUGAUUAAGCAAUGCAUAGUGCCCUGUUUGUUACCCCUUUACUUUGAGUUUUUCUAGAUUUGUAUAACACUUUUUGUUAAUAGAAAUUUAAAGUAAACAUAAAACACAUUAAACA